CUACUAUCUGGAACACAUUCUUCAAUUUGCUCCUCCCCUACUACGACGAGCUCAUCUUUUGCCUUCUCCCCCUUCCUCUGUUCGAUUGACGAUGAGCAACGUAACGCAUUCCACACGAGGUCUUUCCUCGAAAGCUCGCAAUAGCAAGAUAGCAACAGCGUCUCGUGCAUAUGAUAGUGAUGAGACAUCUGCAUCGAGUGGGGCAGGUGACGUCGGUCGUGAAUCGAGCCCAUAUGGGGUCGACACUCUCAGCCCGAGCGAGAACGACUCGUCAAAUGUGACAGACUACGAGACCGUCUCAAGCGAUGGCGAGGAAUCGGAUGAUGACGCCGAGCCUGGUCCAGACGAUCUCGAUGAGCCGUGGCCCUAUACUUUCAAAUCAGGCGAUGCUGUCUGGGUGAAGUCGGAAGGCGAUAUCUGGUAUUGCGGAAAAGUAUCCGGCCAGCAUACGAAGAAGGGGAUGACAAGACAGAAGGAUGGCCUGUUUUACGCGGUGGUCUUCCGAAAGAGUAACAAGAACAUACGAAGAUACUUUGCCCCGUUGAACGGAGAGCUCAAGCCCCACACAUCACGAACAAGAAAAUUAUUGAGGGAGGCUGGCUGGCUUUGAGUAAAGAUCAGUAGGGAAAUUUUGGUUGAUGUUGUAAUAUAUUGCAUUCGCUAGUGU